AUGUUUGUCGUACCCGGAGGAGAGCCCGGUCGGCCCUCCUCAAGACCACCUCCAGGUAUCAACGACAGGUGGAUCGCCAUUGGACCCCGGCUCCCCGGCAUCGUCUCGGGCAGAAGGCCCACCCCUCCUCCCCGUGUCAUCGAUGGCCAUCCUGCAUACACGUUCGUCUUGAUGGUCAAGACUCUGGGACAGGUCCUUCAGAACGAGAGCUUCAACUACCAGCGCUACAAUAACUACAUCAUGGACUCCUGGGCCUACACAGACAGCCUACUCACAUACGACCAGUGCAAGACACCCAAAGAGCAGAAAAUGGUUGCAUGCAGCCGAGGCAGUAGUAUGUACAAGCCAUCAGAGAGGACUAUGAUUGGCUCCUCCCCCGAGCUGGUCUCCCUGGAGACGCCAGCCAACAUUAUGAAGCUGCUCUCCGAGAACAUUUCCUCCAACCACCCCCAGGAGGCGCUGGAGCUGAACAGCAAGCUUGCCGACACCUACGACAAGCAGGUCAUCAACAACAUCUUCAACUCCUUGCUCUCCCAGAAGUGGCCCACAGAGACAGCCUUCCCUGAGGCCACCACUGAGCAGACUCUACCCUACAGCGAUCCAUUUGCCGAGCAGCACAGCCCAGUUUACUCGGACUCUUACAGCAAAUCUCCUCCAGAGAGAUACAGCUCCAGGAACAAUUUCCAGUUCAUUCUGGGAGCCCCUCAAGCCAUCCAAUACAAGUCGUCCGAGCUGCCCAUGGUUUACCUCAACAAGGGCCAGUUCUACCCCAUCUCCCUUCAGGGGGUGGACAGCUCAGCCAGCCUGAUCUCCAACAAAGUCAAGACGGUGGUCAUGGCGGUGUUUGAGAACGACAAGAGCGCAGAGAUUCAGCUGAGGUGCUGGAAUCACUGGCACGCACGGCAGCCGACCGUUAAGCAGAGAGUCAUUGACAUCGCGGACUACAAAGAGGUAUUCAGUGGCAUCAGCCACGUGGAAGAGGUGGCCUUCAACGCUUUAUCCUUCAUCUGGAACCCCAAUGAGGAAGCUAAGGUGUACAUUGGCAUUAACUCUCUGAGCACAGACUUCUCCUCUCAGAAGGGAGUGAAGGGGCUUCCUCUCAACCUCCAGAUCGACACAUAUGAUUUCAGCAGCGGCACCAACCGCCUUAUCCACAGAGCGGCCUGCCAGAUCAAAAUCUUCUGCGAUAAGGGUGCAGAGAGGAAGAUGAGGGAUGAAGAGAGGAAGAGGAGCAAGAGGAGGGUCAAGACAGUCAUUGACUCAAGCAACAACACCAACAAGUCAGUAGUGUCCAGCUCAAUGGGAAGUGGCAGCACCUUCUUCAAGACCCUGGAGGACCACGUCACCAACCCUGUACUCUUCAUCCCAGAGAUGCACCUCUCCAACAUGCAGCGCUGCGGCUUGGCACCCCCCACAACGUUGGAGGAGGUUGAGAAGAGCUCACUGAAGAGACUUUACCGUGAUAGACUGGAACAAAGCAAUGGUAGCCCGCCACCAAGCAAGCAGGCCAGAUGCGAGGAGCAACAACGAGUGCUCCUGUACGUGAGAACAGAGUCGGAGGAAGUGUUCGAUGCUCUCAUGCUCAGCAGCCCAACCCUGAAAGGCCUAAGACAAGCGAUUUCUGAAAAGUACGUCAUGCAACAGGACACCAUCGGGAACAUCUACAAGAAAUGCAAAAGAGGGAUUUUCGUCAACAUGGAUGACAACAUCAUUGAACACUACAGCAACCACUCAGCAUUCCUCAUAGAGAUCUCUGAAAUCAUGUGCGGUCAGUUCCAGGUCACUCUCAUGGAGUUAUGA